UGAGUGAUUCUUCUAGCAUUUAAGUGUUUUAUUGUCUUCUAGAAGCAGCCAUGAAGCACAUCGUACUGUUGGCAGCCUUCGUCGCCAUGGCGGCGGCACACCACGGACACGUUCCCGAGCUUCGUGCCAUCGCCCGCGUGGGUGACCCCAACAACCCAGCCAGCAUCCAGGGCAACGUGACCUUCACCCAGCUUCAUGACGGCAAAGUCCGUAUUGAGGGAACCAUCCUUGGUCUGCCUCAUGGACAGUACGGGUUCCAUGUGCAUGAGAAGGGAGAUCUGACUGGAGGAUGCUUGAGCACUGGUGCACAUUUCAACCCGGAGCAUAAACAGCACGGGCACCCCAACGACGAAGAGCGCCACGUCGGCGACCUCGGCAACAUAGAGUUCGACGACACCCGCAUCGGCCGCAUCGACUUCACCGACUCCCUCAUCUCCCUGGUUGGCGAGCACGGCAUCCUCGGCCGCGCCGUGGUCUUGCACGAGAGAGCUGAUGACUUCGGACGCUCUGACCAUCCCGACUCGAGGAAGACUGGGAACGCUGGCGGUCGAGUCGCUUGCGGCGUCAUUGGCAUCCUGGAUCCCGUCGAUGGGUGGAGCAACACAGCCUCCUUAGCCACCAUCGCACCAUCAAUGUUCCUCCUCUCAUCUUUACUGGUCUUGCUGCGUUAAUGUGUACUUAUUCAUUUAGGGUCGGACCAUG